GCCGCGGUGGCUGAUGGGAAAGCACAGACUCGACAAGCCGCCAUCUUUCGUGUUAGCGCUCAAUAACAAGCAGUUUCAGUCAUUUUUCCUCCUUGUAUCCUUCUGAAGCAGCACUGCAUGUGUUAACUGAUCGGAGUUGCUAGUUUGAAGCCAGCCGGUUGCUCCCGCCCCCCUCGUAGACACAGACCCACUCCCUGAGCCCAAACCCGGGUCAGCUCCACCAUGGGCCGCUCCCGGAGCCGCAGCUCGUCCCGCUCCAAACACUCCAAGAGCAGCAAGCACAGCAAGAAGAGGAGCCGCUCCCGGUCCAGAUCCAGAGAUCGGGAGCGCUCCAAGAAGAGGUCCAAGUCCAGGGAGUCCAAGAGGAACCGGCGCAGGGAGUCCCGGUCUCGGUCCCGGUCCACCAGAGAGAGAGCCGCUUCACCCCCGGAGCGCAUCGACAUCUUCGGCCGCACGCUAAGCAAGAGGAACGCUCUGGACGAGAAGCAGAGGAAGGAGGAGGAGGAGAGGAAGGCGGAGAUGGAGAGGCAGAGGAAGAUCCGGCAGCAGGAGAUCGAGGAGAAGCUCAUCGAGGAGGAGACGGCCCGGCGGGUGGAGGAGCUGGUGGCCAAGCGCGUGGAGGAGGAGCUGGAGAAGCGUAAGGACGAGAUCGAGCGGGAGGUGCUGCGGCGGGUGGAGGAGGCCAAGCGCAUCAUGGAGCGGCAGCUGCUGGAGGAGCUGGAGAGGCAGCGGCAGGCCGAGCUGGCGGCUCAGAAAGCCAGAGAGGAGGAAGAAAAGUCGAAGCGGGAGGAGCUGGAAAAAAUCCUGGAAGAAAAUAACCGCAAGAUCGCCGAGGCUCAGGCCAAACUGGCCGAGGAUCAGUUGCGUAUCGUGGAGGAGCAGAGAAAGAUCCACGAGGAGCGCAUGAAGCUGGAGCAGGACCGUCAGAGGCAGCAGAAGGAGGAGCAGAAAAUCAUCCUGGGGAAGGGAAAGUCCAGGCCCAAGCUCUCCUUCUCGCUCAAGGCCACCGAGUGACCGAGCCCCCUCCUCUGCCACCUCCGCCCCCCCCAGGCCCCUCCACGUCACGCCCCGCCUUCAGCCCCCCUGCUCCUCGUGCUCCUCGUCCAGCCCCGCCCCUCCUCCCUGGAACGCUCGCUUCGUUUU